CGCGUCAUCUGGCAAGGCAGUGGGCACCGGGUCACCAGGCAUUGGAUCGUCUGGCUCGACAGCGGGCAUCGGGUCACCAGAUAUGACAGCGGGCACUGGGUCACCAGGCAUCAGGUCAUUUUAGCUCGCCAGCGGGGCACCGCGUCAUCUGGCAAGGCAGUGGGCACCGAGUCACCAGGCACGACAGCGGGCUCUGAGUCAACUGGCAUGACAGCGGGCACGGGUCAUCAGGUACCGGAUUGUCUGGCUCGACAGCGGGCAUCGGGUCACCAGGCAUCAGGUCAUUUGGCUCGCCAGCGGGCACCGCGUCAUCUGGCAAGGCAGUGGGCACACGAGUCACCAGGUACGACAGCGGGCUCUGAGUCAAUUGGCACGACAGCGGGCACAGGAUCAGGUACCGGAUCAUCUGGAUCAACAGCGGGCAUCGAGUCAACUGGC